AUGAAGUACCGAUCAACUCGCGGGCAAGCCAAGGACUAUACCUUUGAGGAAGCCGUUAUGGCUGGACUGUCACCCGAUGGUGGUCUGUUCAUUCCUCACCACAUUCCCGCUUUACCUGCCAACUGGCGUUCUCAGUGGAAAAACCUUUCUUUCCAGCAGUUAGCCGUGGAACUGCUUUCCUUGUAUAUCGAUGCCUCGGAAAUCCCUCGUGAAGAUCUUCAAACGCUCGUUGAACGUUCCUACUCAACAUUCCGUCACGACGAUGUCACUCCUCUGGCCAAAGUGCGAGACGGUUUCUAUGUCAUGGAACUGUUCCACGGUCCCACUUUCGCCUUCAAGGACGUCGCACUUCAAUUCGUUGGCAACUUGUUCGAAUAUUUCUUACGUCGUCGCAAUAAUGCCGAACCUGAAGGCAGCAAGAAUAAGCACCGACUCACCGUUGUAGGCGCUACUUCCGGGGAUACUGGCAGUGCUGCUAUCUACGGUUUAACCGGAAAGGAAAAUAUCGAUGUUUUCAUUCUUCAUCCUCGUGGCCGCGUGAGCCCUAUUCAGGAAGCGCAAAUGACGACGGUGUUGGAUAAGAACGUUCACAACUUGGCUGUCGAAGGUACUUUUGACGAUUGUCAGGAUAUUGUCAAGAAUCUGUUUGGCAACAAGGAAUUCAACGAUCGUCAUCAUUUGGGUGCUGUGAAUUCGAUCAACUGGGCUCGUAUUCUCGUGCAAACCAUCUAUUACUUCCAUGCUUAUUUCAACCUGUUGCGCACUCACGGCGAGGAGAACAUGGAUAAGAUUCAUCUGAACUUCUCGGUGCCUACCGGUAACUUUGGUGACAUCCUUGCUGGUUACUAUUCCUACCGCAUGGGCUUGCCCGUCCACAAAUUGAUCGUCGCCACCAAUGCCAACGAUAUCUUGUACCGUUUCUUUGAAUCGAAUGCUUAUGAAAAGCAAACCGGUGCCGAUGGCGGUGUAAAGGAAACUUUAAGUCCUGCGAUGGACAUUUUGGUCUCAUCUAACUUUGAGCGUCUUUUGUGGUACCUUGCUCGUGAAACCAAGGCUGACGGCGGACGUACCGAAGUGGCAGAAGAAGAUACCAAGUUGAACGAAACAAUGAGCGACCAAGCAGGUCAAACCGUCAACCAAUGGAUGCAGGAACUCAAGCAGAACGGUGUGUUCCGUGUCAGCAAUGAAGUCGUCCUUCAUGCCCGCAAAGUGUUCGAUGCUGCCAAUGUCACGGAUCAAGAAACUUUGUCAACCAUUCGUGCCUUUUACCAGAACGAAUCGUAUGUUUUGGAUCCUCACACUGCAGUGGGUGUGGCGGCGGCCGAACGUAUUUCUGAAAAGGAAAAGUAUGCCGUGUAUCCCAAUGGUCCCGAAGUUAUGGUGUGCUUGGCUACGGCCCAUCCUGCCAAGUUCUCCGACGCUGUAGAGGAAGCCUUGAACACCGUGGAAGGAUUCGAUUUCAAUAAGGAAGUGUUACCACCUCAAUUUGUUGGUCUCUUGGAAAAAGAACGAUCCGUGGUGGCUGUGGAACGAGCGGAUCCCGAGCUUGUCAUGCAAGUCAUUGAACGCGAGUUAAUAAAAUAG